AUGCCGUCGGAUUGUGGUUCAGCGUGGUCGCCGCCCGCCUCCAACAGCGAGCGGCGGCUCAGCAACUCCUCAGAUGGGAGCGCUUGCAGUGGUUAUUCAAAAGCUACGACCGACAGCGCGGACUUCCUCGCGACGCGACCACACACCGCAUCAGUGAUACCCGGCAAGCCGGCAGCGAACCCACUGCAGUUCGUUAAAGUGGGCCCGGCGGACUUGGGUAGCAAGGCCCGGGAACAGCUACGACGCGCUGAACUCGCCAAGCGUACGGAGCCGGCGAGGAUCGAAAGACAGGAGGACUGGCAAUCGAACCUGGACAACUGGAAGUCGUCCCGGCGGAAGCGGGUGGAGCACAUCAUCGAGCGGUGCGUGGAGGUGCGCCGCCUGGAGUGCGAGCCUAGCCAGCCGCGCGCCAAGUCUAAGACCUUCAACGAGAUGCUCGAAGAGAGAGCCGGGCGCAGAAGGCGGAACCCGUUAGCCCUAUACACAGAUGACGACGGACACGAUCUUAGUGACUUAGGCAUCGGCACCUCCAGCACGAAGAGCAGCCUCAGCGAGGACUGCGACACACACAGUCUUGCCAGUGAUGGAAUGGACCUCGACAAAAAUCACUCAGAUGUUGAUAAUAUGUCUAAUUGUGGUAAUAAUCGCAAGCUCGGCUCGAGUACCAACGAAUACGAUACUUGCACGACUACAACAAUUAGCUCUCCUGAGCCAGAAGAAUACACGUACGAAGGUGCAAUAGAGGGUUAUAAAUCCAGGAUCAUUUCACAAACAAACAGUAACAUUGUAAAGACAGUUGUCAACAAUAAUUUCAAAGACAAAUCUCAAGAGAAAUCUAAUGGUGACAUUAACAGAAUUAGAACGUCUGUUAGCAACAAAAUUGAUAAAAAAGUUGCUUCCUUACAACAGGAACGUACGAUUGACAUAAAAAAUAAUAACCAAAAGAAAGAUUUGCCAAAAGUUGAUAUACACAAGCGAAGGGAGCAAUUUGAAAGAGAAAAUUCACAAGAGUUACAAUUAACUAAACCAAAAUUACCUGAUAUUGCUGGCAAAAGAUCUAUCAAGGAUAGGUUGACAAGCCUAGAGAAGUUUACAGAAGAAAUGCAUGUACAAAAAUCGACAAGUGACCCGACAAAGUUUCCCACUGAAGUCAAGCCUUUGAAAGAACGAUUAUCGUCUUUAGAAAAGAUAAAGUCUACAGAACCAGAAAAGUUUAAAAGGCUGUCAAAUGGAGAUCUUAGCAACACAAAAUCUCUAAAAGAUCGGUUAUCUAGCCUUAAAUCACAAACUUCGGAAGAAGAAGGAAAAAUCACAAAAACAGAUGUUAAAGAAGUUUCUAUGAGUUUUAAAGAACGACUUUCCUGUUUAGACGCUGCAAAGAGUAAAGAAAUUCCUAAAAUAUCAGUAGAAGAAGAAAUGGUCUGUAAUGAAAAAUUUGAAAGCAAAGUUUGUGAUAAUACACAAGAUAAAGAGUUGGAUUGUUCCCUAAAAUCAAGUCUGUCUGGUAUAGAGAAUCAAAUGCAAAGCUUCUGUCGGUCGCUUGAUAGCUUGGAUAUUAAUGGUCAAUCAUCACCUAAUUCGUUUGGAAGGGUUCAAAGUUUAGAAGACUUUGAUUGUGCUGAAAUGCAAAACAAUACUGUUUCAAGUGAUAUUGAAACAGAGGACAGUGGUAUACACACUGCUAGAGACUCUUGUGCACCACCGGAUGAUAUUGCGGAUUUAACUCAAGUAGCUUCUCCUAUUGGAGAACCUAUGGCUGAAGUUUCCGAAUAUGAGUCAUCGAAUGAAGAUAAUAUAAUUGUUUCAGAACCAGCCAAAAUCGAAGAAGUAAUUGAUAGUAACACACAGUCUGAUCAAAAUACUGUUAGUGGCAUUUUAGUGGAAGAAGUAGAAGAAGAAGAUAGCAAAGUUGAGGAUACAGACAGUGGUAGUAAUUACGUUCAAGCAGUAUCACAACAAGAAGAAUUAAGUGUCACUGAAGACUUAACAGAAAUUCAAAUUGACAAAGAAGAUGAAGACACUCUUAAAAGUUUGGACAAUCAGGACUCCAGUGUAAGUUUGAAUGAUCCUGUGUCUACUGCAUCGGAGGGCGAUACUGUGGUAUUUCAGGGGAAGAUGACUAUUCACUUAAAUUUGAAUGAAAUUUGCAACACUUUGAACACUAGUACCGGAAAUAAUCUUAAUAUUAAUGAAACUAGCCCUACUAACGAUUCUUCUAACUGCAAAAGCAUGCCAAUGGUUAUCGAUGCUCUUGAGCUAGCAUUUAAAGAACUGGAUUCCGAGGAUAGCAUAGCAGAUAGUAGUAAAAUGGAAGAAGAAUUAAAAUUAGAUGGUAAUAUAAACGAUUCAAAGGCCACAGAUAAAGCUGCCGCUUUAUUGAACUUCGACAUAGACAAUAAGGUAUCAGUGAUGCCGCUGUAUGAGAACAUUGAUAUAUUCUAUCAAAAUACGGCGGACGAUGCCGGGGCUUUUCCACUUGAUCUACCUACCAAUGUUUUGGAGCCUCCUAAAGAAAAACCCCCUCCUCCGCCUACUGAAGAACCACCUACAGAUGAACUUCUUGGAAAUGGUAAUUUUAAACACACAAGUUCGGCUCGUCGGAUCAAGAAGGAAAUACGUAACAAACGCACUUCCUUCCUCGGUAUCGAAGGACAAGUUGAUGACAGCUAUUUGGAUGUAGAUCUAACUUUAGCACCGCGUCCUGAUAUUACAUCCUUUCUGCAAGAAGAAACAAAAAUCGAAAAACUACUGUACAAAAAGACAUUGUCCCAUGAUAUGGACGCAAAGUUAAGAGACAGUAGGGAUUCUGGCGUUGAUAUUGAUAGAGGACCAUCGGCAGAAGCUUGGUAUAAAGGGCAAUCCUCGCCCGAAACAUCUAAUCCACACAGCAGACAAAAUAGUGAGCCUUAUACUCAAGUAACGGUAACCUCCGAUGAGGAAGAAUCUACUAAGAAGAAAAACGAACAGCAGUUUACAGAAGAUUUAACUUCGAAACUCACUUCCUUGUCAAAUGCCCCCGAUAAUGAUCAAACCAAAAUUGAUAGUUUGGAUAAAAAAAUACAACAGCAACAGGAAGUACUGCGAUUCGAAAGAGAGCUCCUACAACUUGAACAAGAAGAGUUGAGGAGACAAAGAGAGAAUCUGCUACGAGACCAGAAUAGAAUAAUACAAAAGUCUGUCCAAGACGUUUCGAGUGUGACGCACACUGCGGAGAAGACUCCAUCGCAUAGGGUUAAAAAAACUAACCAAAAUUAUAGACAUUCUAUGCCAAAUUUAUUGAUUAGUGAAACUCACACACAUAUGCCGCCGAAAGUGCCAGAACGGCCAGUUUUCGAUGAGAAUAUGAAAAGGAAACCAUUCGUAUCGGAAGAGCACAUCCAAAGUCAUUUUGGAGUUGAGGAGAGUAGAAAAGUCUUGUAUGAAGAUAAAGCCAAAUUUCCCGAAAGAAGAGUGGUGCCAAAUGUAAUGAGGACUCCACAGCCGAUCUUGCCACCGAAACCAAGGAGUAGAGAGUCCAUAGAAAGGGAAAUCACUAUGAGAAGCAGCCGCGUACCAUCUGCGGUCGAGUAUGUGAACGUAGAUCGCACGCCUGUGCAGAUGCGACAGAAGCUCGGGACUAACGGCAACGGACAGUAUCACCCUAUGACACGUCACACGCUACAGGCACUGAGCGCAGCCCCGACGCCAAAGCUGAUCUCCAGUACGGACUGGAUGCAGGCGCGUAACAGGAAACCUGCCAAUUAUAACUAUCACCAACACUGGCUUGUACAGGAAGCAGAACACCGUCGGAUAGAGGAGGCGAAGAAUAAAAUGCGCGCCAACCAAAGGCAUUCAUACCACGACGCGCCCCAAAACCUGCAUCAGAUGCAUCAAAUUAGUGCCAGCCAACAACAGUUGCCGCAAGACUACAAGCGUCCCGUGCGAGAUGCGACACGGACAGAUGGGCGAGAAGAUAAACAAGUGCUGAGUGUCAGUGGCAAGAGGAAGUGUUCGCAUUGUGGCGAGGAAUUAGGGCGCGGCGCCGCGAUGAUCAUUGAGUCGUUGGCGCUGUGCUACCACGUGUGGUGCUUCUGUUGCGCCGUGUGCGGCGCGCGGCUCGGUGACGGGCGCGCGGGAGCUGACGUGCGCGUGCGCGCCGGCCGCCUACACUGCCACCACUGCUACUCCGCGGAUGACGGCUCCAAGUACUCCUGCGUGUAG